CUACCCUACAUCCUUUGAAGAUAUUAAGCAAAAUCAAAUUUAAACACUGCAUUUCCAUCACCAUCUAAUAACAUUCAAAUGCAGCAAAUGGACGCCAAAGAAGAAACUAAUGUUCACUCUGGCAAAGAAAUUACAUGCACAGCUGCUGUGGCAUGGGGUCCGAGGCAACCUUUCUCCAUACAGCAAAUUCGCGUUAAACCCCCUCAUAAAUUCGAAGUCCGAAUCAAAAUCCUUUUCACUUCAAUCUGCCAUACAGAUCUUAGUGCUUGGCAAGGAGAGAAUGAAUCUCAACGGGUUUAUCCUCGGAUUUUUGGACAUGAGGCCUCUGGGUAACUUUUUGAACCCUUAUCUGAAACAUUCAAAUGUUCAUCGACAUACUUGUCUUUACACCUUUAAGUCAAUGAAUUUAGUUAAAGUGUUUAACCUUGGUAAGUUUAAGUGUGGAACACUUUCUUUGUACAUCAGUGGUCGUAUGAAUAUUCAUCUUCUUAAUCAAAAUGGAUUUGACAAA